AUGCACAAUUACGUAGUUUCGGGAUAUCCGUUGCGAUUCAAUUCUAUAUUCUUAACUAAAAGACAGAUCAUCUCUGUAGAAGCGGAUCGGGAUGAUAGAUUUUCUUAUUUUGAAUCCGACGUCAUUGUACAUGAGAGCGGUUUGCAAGGUCACGCCUUGACGGUUGCGGCCCUGAAAAUCGACACACAAAUCAGGGACAACCAUGCCUACAGACUCAACGGCCAAGUUGCGGUUUCGAAUUCUAAAAAUGAUACCUUUCUUCUUGAGGACGCACAAAGUACUAUUCCGAUUGACGACGCCGAGGUGCUACUUCGAUCAAUGGCGAACAAGGUUUUAACUCAGGGUGUGGGACGCAUAGUUGAAUGGUCAGCUAGAGGUACUGCCCACAACUCCACACCAACGGAAGUCAUCAAGGUGAUGCACCAAUGUUGGGAUCCUGCAAUCUUACUACACAACUACCCAUUGUGCUACUCGCAACAGCCUCUUACGAUCCCACUUCCAAAACCUCACUACAUCACUACUCACUAUCUCACUAGCACAAGUACAUUCCUCACUACUACACAUCUCCCACUCUUAAUUCCUGCCGAUCUUUUCGAACUUUGUUUCACACUCUUCACCAUCAACCUCUAUCCACCAAUCCAUCCACCAAUCCAUCGACGACAGACAUACCCUGCAAUGCCCCCGCGAUCCGGCCUCCGCAAAAACCGAAAACCCUCUGUGUCGAAAACUUCUGAAGACAACCACCGGUUGCCUACUCCCACCACCACCGUACGCCAACGCCGACUAGCUGAAAGUAAAACUCACGCAGCCAACAACAACACCAGUAGGAAGCGAGCCAGGAUAGACGAUGAAGACGAUGAAGACGAUGAAGACACUAAGGAGGACGAGGAUGAUCAUGAAACAUCUGGUAACGAAGACGGGAACACCGAUACCACAUCCGAAGCCAUCCCAAACAUCAACAACUAUCGUGCCAUUGGCAUGGAGUGGGGUCUUCCGCGAGCAGAUAAUGUGGCUACCUCGACUCCAAUGCCACCCAAGGGUGUUUCCCAGGGUUUUCCUGAGCGCAACCGCAUUGUAGGUUCAACAUGGUCCACGUACAUCGAUGAAGAACAAGAAGUCUUUACGCCUCGACUCUUCGAGUGUCUCUGUGUGGCCACACAUGAGGCAUAUGCACUUACUCAAACUCCACUAGGAAUCUCGACCUCAACCGCUGUUCAAGAUACAUCUAUGGGUACCUCAACAAAAUCUGGCCUUGAGCCACUCACCCAGGACGAACUUGAAAAAUACGUACCGGUUUUUGAGCGAUUGGUGAACUUAAAGAAAGUCUCACAGGACCUCCACUUGGGCCGGCUUUGGAGACACAGCGGGAAAUCCAGCAACCGCACAUCCGAGCAACUCAUGAAGCAAGAAAUCGGCAAAGUUUCCCCCAGCUGGAAUCCGGCUACCACUACCGCCCAAGCACUGUUCCAUGAUGAACAUACCUCAUGUGAUCGAUGGGCUAGGCUACAGAAAAAAAACCACCUUCUGGAACGUUUCACAUUCGAAUCCACCAAGGCCCCACACCACCUUCGUGUGAAACCUCACGAAACCAAGCCUCAAUCUGCAUCCGCCGCCCGACAAGCGGAAAAGCGCUCAGAACUGGCGCGAAAACUCAAUGACUUGAUAGCUCCCUACCUUCGCGGCGGAUAUCAAGGCAAAGGUGAUGCCCACCCCAAGUGCCCGGAGUUGACCGAAGCAUUCGCAAAGAAGACCUUUCGUGGUGAUGUGCCUCUUACUUUCCAUCGGACCCCCGACAGCCAGGUGACAGACAUAAUGCUUUCCAAGGGCCCCAGCUGUCUCACAAACGACGAAGUGGACGCCUGGAUCGAAGAUAUUGAUUCACACAAUUACACUAUUGUUCGCAUGAAAAAGGCCAAGAAAUACGAAAACAUUGCGGAGGAUGAAUGCAACUCAAACUCCUCAAAGUGCGACUCAAGUUUGGAAUCAGUAAAUGCUCAAAUUCUGGCAGAGCUAACCGGACCCCAUUAG